UGUCGUAAGAAAAGAAGAAAAGAAAAAAAGGGUAGAGAGUGAUUAUUGAGUAAACAUGGCUGUUAUGGAGUUCAUUUGACUUCUUCUUUUUCAUCUUCAAAAACUUUGGGUUGAUAAUUGAGAUGGAUUUUUCGGAGUCUACAAAGAUAGUGUACAAUAGAAUUCAGAAACUAGAACCUGAAAAUGUGUCUAAGAUAAUUGGGUAUCUUCUGCUUCAAGACCACGGUGAGCGUGACAUGAUUCGGUUGGCUUUCAGCCCGGAUAAUUUGAUGCAUUCUUUGAUAACUAGAGCCAAAACCGAGCUCGGCUUAUCAUCCAAAUCACCGGUUCCUGCUCCGAUUUCGCCUUCUCAGGUGAAUCAAAUCCCGGUCUUGGACAUUCCUUUGCAGUUCCAAUCCUACACCCCUGUCUCAGCAAGGCCUAAUUAUUACUGGGAUCACAAUGCUGAAGUCAUAAAUCAAGGAUAUGUCGAUUCGACUGCUGAAAAUUUUCAUCUCCAAAAUCAACUUCACUUGUUGAGUUUGGAAGAUCCACUAGAAUCUGCUUGUUCAGUUAGUUCUGACUUUUCUAGUGGUUACUAUUACCCUGAACUGGCAUUGGGGUUAAGAGCCAGUCGAAGAUCUCCGAGCUUGUCGGAAUUUCCUGUUAAGGUCUGCCAUUACUUCAAUAAGGGGCAUUGUAAGCAUGGAACCAACUGCAAGUACUUCCAUGGCCAUCCUUUGCCAGAAAGCUUUCCGCGGAUUGUUUCAAACGAGGUUCCAAAUGAUGAGCAAGCCAUCUCACCUGGCACUCUUGAGAGGCUGGAGAUGGAGAUAGUCGAGCUUUUGAGAUCGAGGAUAGGAUCUCCGGUAUCGAUUGCCUCGUUGCCAAUGAUGUAUUAUGAGAAAUAUGGAAGGUCUCUUCAGGCUGAAGGGUACCUUACAGAGAGCCAAAGGCAUGGUAAGACUGGCUAUAGUCUGACGAAGCUCCUCGCAAGAUUGAAGCACAGCAUUCGUAUCGUUGACAGGCCUCAUGGGCAACAUUCAGUCAUAUUGGCAGAAGAUGUUCCUAGAUAUUUAGAUUAUGCUGGUGAGAAAAAUGAACCUGGUGUAAUUGUUUCUGGUUCUAGACAGAUUUAUCUUACUUUUCCCGCUGAGAGUACUUUCACAGAGCAAGAUGUUUCCAACUAUUUCAACAAAUUUGGGCCUGUUCAAGAUGUAAGAAUUCCAUGUCAACAAAAGAGAAUGUUUGGCUUUGUUACCUUUGUUUAUCCAGAAACGGUCAGGCAGAUUUUAUCGAAAGGGAAUCCUCAUUUCGUAUGCGGGGCUCGUGUUCUAGUAAAACCUUACAGGGAAAAGUCGAGGCUUGUUGAUAGGAAAUUUGCGGAGAAAAUGUUGCAUGCUUCAUGCUGCGAUCAACACUUCAUGGAUGGAGAUUCAGAGUUCCACUCGUUGCCAAGGGAUUAUGGUAAGCCAAGAUUCCUAAGAAAGCACCUAAUGUUGGAUAACGAGGAAGGUUUCAAACUUGAUAGAAGAUGUUUCUCAGAAAUGAACUUGACUGCUAAACCCUCGUCGCAUCGAUCUUAUUAUGGCUACUCUAUGGAUGAGUUGAAGCUUCCUGAGGAACAAGCAGAAUUUCCAUACGCUGAGCGUUUUAGCUAUUUGUUGGAUGUUUUGAACAAUGCUUCCACCAGUGAAGAAAAGGAACUGGUUCAUAUUAGUACUAAAUGCAAUGAACAGGAUAGCAGCCAAGGACUUAACCUUCCGGAGAGCCCGUUCGCAUCUGCCAUAGGGAGUGGCAUAUUGACGGUUACAUAGAUCUCCCAUCAAACAUACAGCAGGGAGUAUAGAGAUAGAGAACUGGAUUUCAAGACUAAUUCUGGGGUUUGAUACAACAGGACUUUCUUUUUCUUCGCUUUACAAUUUAUUCGAGUCGCCUUGAGCUUAUGGAUAGAUCAGCUACAUAGUAGUUUAUACAAACUGAAAGAGAAACCACAAUUGAGGUUCUUCUUCAGGUUAGUAGUUCUGGUGGAGAAGAAGAUUGCAAAUAAUUUGGUACAGAAAGGUAAACAUGUAACAGGUUUUUCAUAAGUAUAGUCACAGCAGGCAAGCAAGAAAGCUUGUGGGUUUUAGGAUAGAAUCUAAUAUAGUAUGUUUCUAGUUGAAGAAGAAAGAAAGUAGUGGAAAAAGAAAGAUUGCAAGAAUAGAGAAGAAUUGUUUAGUGAUCUUUGCAAACUUGAGA